CACCACUGUCAAUAAUAAAAAUAUGUCUAAUUGUUGGUUUCUCUCGCACAUUAAUGGCUGACGAUAAAUUCCUUUCAUUUAAGUAGAAAAAUCAUCCCGAAACCGUCGAAAAUGGUACGUAAUUGAAGUUAAACGUGAGCUGUAGUGAUUGCGAUAGUUUUCCACGGUGAAGAAUCGAGUUUUCGGUGCGAAAAUGCAGUUUUUCCAAUCGGGUCGAUUGAGGUGCUACCCUGACUGACAUUUUUUGGUUCAUUUUUUUUCUGCUCCCGUGCUUCUGGCUGGCUGGCCACUGCGCUGGUUGUGCUUCUACGACGACGGAUGCUUUUCCGUCGCUUCUCGCAGCGGUAUUUGUGUGUACAGUGAACGCGUUCUCAUCGGUGUUGGUGGUCUUCGGUCGCUCGGUCGGUCGGUUCCCCGCAUACAACGGAGCGCUUUCAGCCAGCAGCCAGCCCGAGCAGCUUUGCCCUGUUUGAUGUGGUGUGUUGUGUGUUGACUUUUCGGAAGAACAGCCAGCGCCGAUUCGAUUCGAUUCGAGAUUGUGAGUUUGAGCAACAGCAGCAGUAGCAGAGCAGUGAGUCUUCUCGGUUCGAAAAGCUUCACAGUCGGCCAUACUCGGUCCAGAGACUGUUCCUUCCGAAAUGGGUGUCUACGGGUCUAGCAUCUGGCUGAACCGAGACGACAGGACACUUUUCUGGUGGUGUAAACAGUGCAAUCUGCAGUGAAGUGCAAACAGGAUUUGUGUACACGUACAUGGCAAAGGAUGCAUCACAGACAAUGACCGGUGCCAAUAGGCACUGUUUGUGAUGAAGCAGAAGCUCGUUGUGUCCCAUUCGCUAACCAGAGAAGCGUCGCAUAAAGAUUGACAUACAUCCCCACAAUAUACCCGUACCGCAGCUGUUCUAUAUGUGCGCAGAGUUACUUACGGUUUAGCCAGUAGGAGCAACAUAAUACACCAAUCGGUUGCCACGAUGGCGCUCAUCGAAUGUCCUGUGUGUACCCUUUACCUCCGGGCCGAUAUGAGCCUGGAGGAACAUCUUGGUACGCAUCCAACCGACAAGGUGAUCAAAGCUUUGGUGACCAUGGCUACCAAAGUGCAAACACCAACUCCAUCAGCACCUGCCAGCACAGCAGCCAGCCCAGUAGCCCACCACAGCAGCACAGCGUCACCCAUGGAGCUGGCAAUGAUGGCGGUUGCUUCCGGCUCACGACCCCGCACACCUCCGAACGCCCUCAUGUAUCACACCGGUGGGUAUGAGCCAAUGAAACAGGCAGCUCCGCCUCCUCCACCACCCCCACCUCCGGCACCACAAAUGGUGCAGAAUUCUGCUGUUCCAACGGCAAUAACGGUUGUCAAAGCUUCCGAUAUGGGCUAUCCGAUCAACAAUGUCAUGAUCGUCAAAAGUUGCAGUACGAAAUAUGUUCAACAAAUACCGCAAACUGGUAAUAGUGGGCUUGGGUCAUCAUCCGGAACGGCGACAAUUUACCCCUCAAGUUCAAUUGAUGGGCGAAACGUAUUCAUAGAGCAUGAUCGAGGAGGGAGUGGUCAUUUGGUGUCGCGGCGGCAAGUAGCACCGCCACCAUCGUUCUAUCCUCGUUACACCAACGAGCGCUACUCAGGUCCUCCUCCUCCCUAUAGUACUGCAAUCACUUCCACGAUCUCUGCCAACUCUCAGCUACAACAAGCUUCGAUGACAGCGCAGGCCCCAAAGUAUGAACAUAAAACGACCUUACAAUCACAGCAGUCUAGUUUCUGUUCGAAUACUUCAUCGCAGUCGGCCAUUGUAGGACAUGUAACAGCCACGCCUACUAUGACUCAGCAUCAGCAGCAGCAAAUAUAUCAGGCUCAUCCUCCUCCACCGCCUGCACUGGAAAUACAACAGCCAGCGGUCGCAAUCCACCAACCAAAUCAGCAACUACAGCUACAAACCACCAACUUCAAACAUCAAAAUAUGCUGCAAGCUCAGUACACGGAAAAAGAAGACGGGAACUUUCUGGUCACCGAAAACCCCAAGAAGGUCGUAGAGUACACGGAAAACGACGAGGGUGACUUUAUGGUGAUCGAAAAGAUUGUCAAGUCUCCACCGAGGAUCGUUCAAAUUGACGAAGAAAUGCCAGAAGAAGCAUCGACAUCUAAAUCCUGUGACCAGUUGGAGAAGAUUGACAACCUAAGUAAAGAAUACGCAGUGACGAUCGACGAUGACGAAUCUUAUGAAGAAGCAAGCAAAGAGGAUCAAUCGGAAGAGAACACAAUCGAGAUUAUCGAAAAUGAGGACGGAACAUUUGACGACAAUCGCGGGAGCUUCAGUGUCAAAGAAAUGCCCAAGCCGAUGCUUAUCAGUAGCAUCGGUAGUUCGAAAAAGUGCAAUAAAUUUAACUUGAUUGUCGAUACAUCGCCUCACAGUGCCGUCGGGGCGUCUUCGAGUGGAAUGGUCACGCCAAGAAAACGACCGACCAGUGGUUUGAAGGUGCUGAGCAACGUGAAGGUGACGACUGAUCUGUCGCAAGGCAUCAAGGAUAUUAUUUUGAAUCUGAACAGCAAAAACAAAGCAACCAAUGUCACUGGAAGCAAUGGAAGUGGCUGUUCCACCAGCACUGGGGAAGGAACGCCUACUUCGCUUAUCGCAGGAACGAAACCAACCGCUGUAAUAAACAACAAUUGCCAAAACGAGCUUAUCAUUAAUGCCGGCAGCAAUAUGCCUCCGAUUGAUCUCAACAAUGUCAACGACAUAGAAAUAAUUAACGACGACGAGGAAGAAAAUCGGUCCGAUGAGGAGGAAGAGUGCUACGUAGGUUCCAUGGAAGUGAAAGCGGCAACCAGUGAUGCUUUCCGUUUGGACAAAGAUACACUGGAAGCUGGCCCAUCUCAUAGUGCUUCCCGGACGACACCAACUCCCUCGGUGAUAACCAGUGUCAUCCGAAUGACUCCUCACUCAUCGCCGGUGGUCGUUCCGUUAGCCUCACCUCAACCAACCAACGUAGUGCAACCUCAAAUAAGCCCCCACAUUGACCCCAUAGAGACAAUUCAUCAUAUUGAGACUGCGCCAAACAAUACCGAAACUCAUGUCCCUGAAAGUUCGUGUGUAGAAAACACCGUGAAACAGCCACCGCCACCGCAGUUAACGAGAAAGCCUCCCCAAACAACCGGCGGUUGCUCCUCUGGACAUCUCCUGUUCAAUAAACCUCCGAAGAAAUUGACCGUAAAACUGAAAACUCCACUUCCACCGGCGCCUCCACCGACCCCUCCUCUUGUCGCCCCGGGUGGAUUUGCGGCUGUGGUACCGAAAACGGAGCACAUUGCUAGCGGUGAUUCCAUGGAAUAUCAGGAAUCUCAUCGGAACGACUUUUUGAAUCACGAUGCUGACUCGGAAGUUCUAUCGGCGAUAGCUGAGGAAACCAAGUACGCAAUUCCACAGCACGAUCAAUCAGAGCAGAUACCCAUCCCAUUCGCUGAUGACGGAAAGCCUUCCUCGUCCAACACGAGUUUAAAUGCGCCUUCGUCUUCAAACACGUUCACAACGUAUAUCACCACUAAAAUUGAGAACGAUGCUCAAGUCACGGAAUCGGUAGUUUUCAGCCAGUCUUCGUUAACUAGCGAAAGCACCAACUGCAGUAAGUCCGUACCAAGCCCUGUUUCGUUGAAUCCAAAUGAGGGACAUCAUUCGAGUCAGGACGCGACAACCACUGGCCUUCCGGUAGUGACCACGCAGGAGAUUGUUCAAACGACCACCACAACCACCACCGAAGUCGAAUGCUAUAACAUUACCUUCAUCGAUGACGACGAAGGAGGUAUUCUGAAUGAUCUUCCGGGUAGUUCAAGAUCCGUAGCGAUACACGAUGUUAUUGCGCAAAAUUUGGAAAUUAGUAACGAUAAUUGUACCACCACUACCAUUGUGAAACAAGACGAGGAAGUCGAGCAGAAAGGCGACUGCAAUGACAGUAAGAUAGAGAUAACUGAAAUUUAUGCGUUAUCGCCAGUUAGUGCUGGGCAAAUCCCGAAUGACACCGAAAACAUACAACCGACGUGUGCCCCCGAAGAAUUUGAACCGACGGAGCUGAAAAGUUGCAUAAAAAUUGAGAAAAUCGAGAAGCUGGCACAAAAUGAAGAAGAAUUAUCAAAUGGUGAACAUAGGAAAGAAGAAACUGAACAUAAGAUAGCUAAAAUUGAACCCUCGUUGCAUGUAUCUAGCAGUAGUAUUUACCAGAACGAUCAAAAAGACCUGCUCGAAGCUGGACCUUCGAGAGACAUCAAAACCGCUGCGGACAGUAACGACAGUGGCAGCGGUAGCGGCAACAAUGCCGAAAAUAUAGAACCAACAUUCCUAGAGUACAAUGAGGAGUACGAUGAGUAUGUUCCGGUCAGCGGUUACAUCCCGCAGGAGCAGAUUCCUCUGUCGUGGGUGCAGAAGUUCAGCCCCCAGUAUACUCCAUUCGACGAUCAGAACUCCUACAUGGACUUGGAUAUGUGCAGCAGCAAGACCAACUCCAACAGCGUCGGAGAGAACACCACGGCCAGUAGUAGGGGUAGCGGCAGUGGCGGCAGCGGCGGAAGUCACGGCAGUCAUCGCAUCGUCGACAACAGUAUGGAUCGGGCACCGUCGGCCGAGAGUCUGAACAUUAGGACCGACGAGAAAAUGCCCGCCAAAGGGGAAAUUUCCGAACAGGAAAGUAAUGGGGAUAUGGAACUGUCCUGGAAUAGGCUGUAUCCGGUUCACGAGAACAUCCCAAUCUACCCGAGUUCGUACGAUUUGUCCACGGCGCAGGAGUGCUGGAACCUGAGCAACCGCCAUUCCAAUGCGCACAACACCAACAGCAGUAGCAGCAGCCACGCCAGCAACCACAAUCAUCCGCACAUGGCAGGACCAUCGUCAUCCAGUUCCAACAUGGCGUCUUCGGGGCACCAUCUAGGACCACACGCGUCGUAUCACCAAUCGCACGGCAUGAGUUUCCAAUUCGCUCAGCAUGGUGAAAAUCGAACUGAUCUGGAAGAGCAAAUAGACGACAAAUCGAAAAUUCGGUUAGACUACGGCAUCAGUUGUGUGGGUGGUAACUAUGGAAGCAUGGGUCCCAGUGGUAGCGGUAGCGGCGCACUGAACGAUGACGCCAGUCGAAAGUUGGUAAAAAUCCGUACUUAUCGCUGUACAGAGUGUCCGAAAUCGUUUGCGACACUGAAACAACGGCGCACCCAUAUUCUGUCGGAGCAUGAGACCGACUUGAAGGUGAAUGUUUUAGGGGCGACAGGUUCGGCCACGGUGACAUCCGGCGCGUCGUCUUCGACUGUGACGUCGGCUUCGGCGCUUGGGUUCUUUUCUAGUCCGGCAACUACGUCGGCUGGGGAGGGAUGUAGCACUUCGUUGCUGAAUAAGAAAAUAAAGAUUGAACCACAGCCGGUCCUGAUGAGUUACAGUUCAUUGAAGCAGGAGCUGGAGCAGAAGCAGGAAGGCGGGGAAAUUGCUGGACCAGCAACUGUGGUGGCGGGUAGUAGUGGAGGGAACGGAGAAAUACGUCGAAAACGUACGUAUGUUUGUGGCACGUGUAAGCAUGAAUUCGAUAGAUUUAAAUUGUUUAAUGCUCAUCUGAUGGUACAUCCGGCUGAAUGUUAUACUUGCGGAAGAAGUUUCAAACAUUGGCCGAACUUUGCACUGCACAUCAAGAGGCACUUGGGUAUCAAAGACCAUCAAUGUAGGUUAUGUGGGAAGAAGUUCGUUAUCAAGCAGAAACUUAUCGAACACAUGAGAGUUCACACUGGAAAGGCGCCGAUCAAGUGCCCCGACUGUGACCAGCACUUCCGUCGGUUUUCGAAUUUGGCACAGCACCGGAAUCGGCACCACUUGAAUAAGGUUCCUUCGAAGAAAGAUUUUGUCUGCCACUGCGGUGAGGUGUUCCAAUCGAAAGCCAAAAUGGAGUGGCACAAGGAAAUCCACGAAAACAAGCCAAAAAGUUGUCCCUUCUGUCGGGAGAAAUUCAUCCACAAGAACAGCUUGACCAGACACAUCCGUUUGUCCCACACGGAAAAGUACGUGAAACUUGAAACGGCAACGGAAAUGUGCACCCUUUGCAAUCAACCGUACAUCAAGACCAGCAUGAAGCGUCACAUGGAAACGCACAACACCAACGAGCGGAUGGCUUUCUCCUGCACGAUAUGCAACAAAGUGUUCAGCACCAACUGGAACCUAAAGCAGCACCGAUGGACGCAUGCCAAUCCGACGCUUAAACCGUUCCAGUGCAAUAUGUGUUCGAGUGGGUUCGUUCGGGAGGCUGACUAUAUCACCCACAUGAACGCCCACAAAUCCAUACGUCCGUACACGUGCAACCACUGCGGAUGUCAGUUUAUUCGCAAGUAUAACUGGAUCCGGCACACCCGGGAGCACGAAACGGACAAGAACUACACGUGCGAGAUUUGCGGCCGGAAGUUCCACCGGAAGUACUACCUAACCGAGCACAAGCGGAUACACACCGGGGAGCGACCGUUCUCGUGCAACAUUUGUGGCAAAACUUCGUCGACCAAGACGAACCACAACAAGCACAUCAAGAUCCACCACGCCCGGGACCCAUUGACGGCGGAAGGCUAAGCUGAUCAAUUACCCCCGGCCCGGGGCGAUAAGUGUUCGUGUUUGGAAUAUCGCGUUGAAAUGCCGUACUACUACAUUUAUUAUUGUCGACGCAAGUUUGACCACAAAUAGUUCUUGAUUUGUUUUUAAGUUUCGGGAAUUAAUUGACUGCUAGCAAACAUGAUUAUGAAUGAAGUUACUUUUAAACACGAUGAUUUGUUUCCACUUAUUAUCGGAAAAAAUGUGCUAUCAAAACAUUGAACACCUAUCGGUUGCUGCUCCAAACAUUGAUUGGUUUGUUGACAUUGACUAGCUUGUAUAUUUUAUGUCUGAUGCAAUUAUCAUCAAUCUAAAUUUACCCAUUUAUUGUGUUGAUGUGCUUAGUUCCCUGUCCACCGUGUGUGGUUAUAUUCGCAUUAUUGGUCAGGUGUUUGUCGUAGUACUGCUCCUACCUUUCGAUCACCACACUACCGUCUAUCAUGAUGCUCCAAUCUUUUUCACACAAAUUGGCUCGCUAACUACAUACAUGUUUCAUUGAAAUUCUGAUAAAUGUUCCAUGACUCUACUUUCUUACUGGAACCUGCCUAGCUUCAGAUAAAGACUAAACGACAAUGUACUUCGUUUUGCUGGUGUUGUAGGGCCAAUUCUUGAUGUUUCACUUUUGAAAUGCACAUAUGAUUGUUGCAUGGCUCGACGACCGAUUGCGAUGAUAUCGAUCAGUUUCGUCUAAAAACCGUGUUAGUAUCUGUCAAAACUUCUUCAUUUUCACUUAAUCAAACGCCUCUUUGAAAUCAAUAAACAGAUGUGUCUAAACCUGAGAGUCUAAACUGAUAGGAACAGAUAGGAACUGAAGAGCGAUUUUUUUUUCGAUCAAUGUAGCUGUAGAAAACAUGUAGAAUAGCAAUAUUAACCUACAAAUCGACAUUUAAGUUUUGAUAGCAUAUUUUUCUCGAUAAAAGUAGCAACUUAAAAAUCGUGUUAUUGUUUUGAGCAAUAUUGUUUUGCCUUGUUUUGUAUGGUUGCUCCUCCAGCUAGGUGCAACCAUCUCAAAAAGAAAUUAGUUAUAUUGGUACAAUGAAAGGUUUUCUUUCCCACGGUAGACGACGAUAUGAAAUCAAAAAUAGACAAAAUAGUGUAUAACAUUAUUUAUUUUAGCAUAAAAUUCGUUUUACUAAAUAAUUACGGUACGCAUUCUGCAAAAGUAAUGCCUGAUCAUAGUAAGGAGAAUAAAUAUAAACAAAGAACUGAUUUGCUAACACAGAAUUUUAGGAUGAUAGCUUCAGACUUCAGAAUACAUUGAUCUUUUAUUACGGUGGUAAACGUAAGUCUCCGCGCGUUUUAAGGUGGUUUGAUUUGGUUUAGUGACAUGGAAAAAAAAUAAAACAUUCGUCGAUGGUCCGCAGUAACCUGCUAUAAUUUCGUUCAGUAAAAGCUGAUGUCAGCUUGUGCAAUAAUUAUUACAAAAAAAUUCUGCGAAUUUAUACCUAGUUAAUACGACAUUUUACAAAUCCUACAAUACAGCAAAAAAAAAAACACUAAACAAGUCACCGAUAGGAAACAUUCAAUUCCGAAAUAAUAAAAGUUUCGUAUUAUUCUAUCAAACAAAUAAA